AUGCCCCCAGCUCCCCGCGUCCGCGUCUCAGCAGGCCCCUCACUCUCAUCCCUCGAACCCAUCUCCAUCAACGGUCCUCCCCUCUCUAUCUCCUCCACCUCAUGGGAAGGGUCCAUCAGUGUUCGGCUCAAAGACUAUCCCGGCUUGAAGGAGGGGGAGGGGGAGGGGCUCGAGGAGGGAGUGACGUGGAGUAUUAGUUUUGAGGGGAGGUGGAAGGGGGAAGUGAGUGCCGAGGAGGUGAUGUUUGGGAAUGUGUGGGAGAAACCGAUCAAGUCGUACCUUCCCUACGGCACCGCAGCCGCGCUACGCUUCAUGCGCUACGUCGACCCCUCGCUCGAAUGUGAUCUUUACGCCGACAAGCCUUGGGCACUCUCCCCGCUCUUCGCAACCCUGCAGUACAUGUCCGUCCGCGAGCAUCCGCCAACUGAACCUUUACCGCCCUUCAAGCCCGACUCCUUCCCCGAAGACCUCUCUCCGCUCCUUCCCUCCUCCGACGCUCCCUCCCUCGUGGGCAACCCCUCCGCCCGUCGCUCCUACUUCUCCAAAUCCCCUCACUGCUCCCAAACCCUCCUAACCCCCUCACACAUCCUUCGAGCCGACUUCUCACACGGCUUCAUCAACUUUGAUUCGCUCUCGGUCUCGCUACCCGGCGGACUCGGGUUCUCGUUGGCAAAGUAUUGGAAUGGAGAGCCGGUGGUGUUUAGUUGUCAGCGGAAGGGGACGGGGGAGAAGUGGUUUGUGGUUAGUUUUGUGCUCGAGGGAGAGGGCGAGGAGCGGGAGGGGGAGGACAAGGGGGAGAAGGAGAGCGAGGAUGUGGACUAG